AUGGUCCGAACUAUGUUUGUGAAUCCCUUCAAGGCCCAUCAUGUCGACGAAUUCCCCGGCGUCCAUGUACCUCUUGAUGACUCGACCCAUCGCGCUUCUGUAGCUUCCACCCACCCACGCGCCUCCCUCGCUGCAACAGAGAAAACGACCAAAGACGACAAACCAGAAGAUGGCCUCACGCGCCCUGACAGUAAUGCAUCUAGUGGUGUUGUUAACCAUGGCUUGACAGUCGCAGCAUUGAAGGCAGAGAUUGAAGCAGAGGUCGCUGCUUCGGACAACGACACGCCAUAUGACCGCAAGUCCAAGGUUAUCAACAAAGCCUUGCAGGAUAUGGGCAUGGGCCGCUACCAAUGGCAGCUUUUUGCUCUUUGCGGUGGCGGUUGGAUGGCCGACAACUUGUGGCUGCAGGGUGUUGCUCUCACACUACCACAACUCAGCGUUGAGUUCGGUGUCAGCGAGACGGAAGUCAGAUACACCACACUAGCGCUCUUCCUCGGUCUCUGCAUUGGCGCUUCCUUCUGGGGAACCGCGUCUGACAUUAUCGGUCGUCGUCUCGCUUUCAACUUUACUCUUUUCCUCGCUGGUGUCUUUGGUCUUGCAUCCGGCGGUGGGCCCAACUGGAUCGGCACAUGCGCACUCUACGCUUGCAUUGGUCUUGGUGUCGGUGGUAACCUCCCUGUUGACGGCGCUUUGUUCCUCGAAUUCCUGCCUCAAACAUCGGGAAACCUCCUCACGCUGCUUUCGAUCUUCUGGCCCGUCGGUAAUCUGGUUGCCUCGCUCCUGGCAUGGGCAUUUAUUCCCAACUUCUCAUGCGCUGACGGUACUCCCGUCGGACAAUGCCGCAUGGAAGACAACAUGGGCUGGCGAUACCUCAUCCUGACUCUCGGCGCCAUCACAUUCUUCAUGUUCAUCUGCCGCUUCUUCCUCUUCCAUCUUUACGAGUCACCCAAGUUCCUUUUGUCUCGCGGUCGCCAGGCCGAGGCUGUCGCCACCGUCUACGGUAUUGCGCACUACAACAAGACGCACACUUGGCUCACCGAGGACAUUCUCAACCAAAUCGGCGGCGACCAGGAAGUCACCGGAGAAGAUGUCAAGCUUAGCGUCUUCGAAAUCGUCAAGCGCUCCCUUAGCCGUUUCUCGAUGAAGCGCUUCAGGACUCUCUUCCAGGACAAGAAGAUUGGUCUUACCACCGCACUACUCUGGUUCCAAUGGUCGACUAUCGGUAUGGCCUACCCGCUAUUCAACGCUUUCCUCCCGCAGUACCUCAAGAACUCGGGUGGCGGCGUCGAGAACGACAUCAGCAUCGUCUACCGCAACUACGCCAUCACUGCCAUCGUCGGAGUCCCCGGAUCCAUCCUCGCCUGCUACACCGUCGACCUCAAAUACGUUGGCCGCAAGGGCACAAUGGCCAUCGCCACCGUCAUCACCGGUGUCUUCGUCUUCCUCUUCACCAUCUCUUCCGACUCCGACUUCCAGCUUGCCUUUACAUGUCUCGAGGCUUUCUUCCAGAACAUCAUGUACGGUGUCUUGUACGCCUACACACCUGAGGUGUUCCCUGCCCCAAUCCGUGGCACGGGUACUGGAAUGAGCAGUUUCUUGAACCGCGUUGCUGGUCUUUGCGCGCCUAUUGUUGCUAUCCAGGCGGGUGGAAGUAACCCCAAGGCGCCGAUCUACGCCAGUGGUGGAUUGUUCAUUGCGGCGUUCUUCAGUAUGUUGGUGCUGCCUAUUGAGACGAGAGGCAAGCAGACUUUGUAG